CAGAAUUUAGAUUUGAUGUUGUGAUGUCAAUAAGUUUUAUCGCCAAGUUUACAUCUCGUAAACUUUUUGUUGGAGAAAAUUUUAUCAUCUGUUGGUCAACAAUUUGGUCCAGUUAAUUGUCAUUGAUUAAACAUCCAUUGUUAUGAGCUUUUGGUGAUUAGUAUCACCAUUGUAAUGACCCAUAUUUACAGUGUCUAAAUUGACGGUGGUAAAAAAAAGAGGCACCUUGAUUAUCUCUUCUUUGAGUUUCUUUUGUCACUUUUUCAACUGCAUCAAUUGUAAGCUCAUGGUGAUGAAAAAAAAGAUAUCAUGAUGCUGAGCAUACUCUCAUUGAGUUUUCAUGAACAAAAAGUUUUUCUUUUCCACCUUAGAUCCUAUAUUCCAUGAAACUGAAUCAGUAUCUAUCAUGAAUUACUCCGAUGAGCUUGAUGCUAAGUUUUGUCUUCUAAUUUUUCACUUUCGCCAAAGAUUCAGCGCUUCUAAAAAGUGAUCUUCUAACUCGACAUAUCGGAUAGUUCAGUAGCGAUCAAGUUUUGCAAAUUGUGAGCUUCAUAUUCAUAAGAAUUUGUAUCAAAAAAAGUUCUCCGUUUCUUCAGUUAAUCAAGAAGGAAUCAGCGAUAACCAUGACGACCUGGUGGAUAUUUAAAUGGUUUCCAUUAAUUGUGCUCCUCCAAUUAUUACUAGUAAACUUUUCAUUCAGUAAUUGGGAUGACUGGUGGACAUAUGAUGGGAUAUCGGGACCCGAUUUUUGGGGUUUACUUAACCCAGAAUGGCAUUUGUGCUCCAAGGGUAAAAGGCAAUCGCCGAUAGACAUCAAACCACCUCAACUACUUUACGAUCCUUCACUUAGGCCUCUUCACAUUGAUCCAAACAAGGUUAUUGGUGUUCUUGAAAAUAAUGGACAUGGAAUAAUAUUCAAGGUCUCUGAACAGACUGAACUCAGGGUUGAUGAUAAUCUAGUCGAGGAAUCAUCUGUACAUAUAGAGACCACACCAAGUCGUGUCCAGUUAUCGGUCAAUAUAACCGGAGGUCCACUUUCAUAUUCUUAUUCAUUCAAUGCAAUCUAUUUACACUUUGGACGUACCGAUAAUCAUGGUUCAGAACAUUCGAUAGGUGGCCAAUCAUUUCCUGCCGAGUUACAAAUAAUUGGAUAUAAUUCAGACUUGUAUCAAAAUAUCAGUGAUGCAUCAAACAAAGCCAAUGGACUUGUAGCCAUUGCAUUAUUAAUUCAGGUUGGUAAUAGCAGUAACAUGGAGCUCAAUCAUUUACUCAGUCUUGUUCAAGGGAUAAAAUUUCGAGGUCAAAAUGUUACGGUAAAAGGACUUUCAGUUGGUGACCUUUUACCUGAACGAGCUCAUUAUAUGACCUAUGAAGGAUCGUUGACCAUACCAGGAUGUCAUGAAACCGUUACUUGGAUCAUAGCAAAUAAACCAGCAACAAUUACACCCAAUCAGCUUUUUGUCCUCAGGAAAUUGAUGCAGGGUGAAUCUGACCUGCCCAAGGCUCCGCUCGGUAACAAUUAUCGCCCAUUGCAGCCAUUGAAUUCAAGGUUCGUUCGGACAAACAUUGACUUCCGCCGUAAGCCGGGGGAAGAUUGUCCCACCAUGAAGAAGAAUAUGCAUUAUCAGGUUAACGUUAAGCAUAUCAAGAUAUGAGAUUAUCUCAGUUGGAAAACUUUUUCAAUGGUCAAGCUUGAGGUGGAAAGAUCAUCAGGAUGAACGGAACUUUUUCCCAUUCGAUGAAAUUUGAUUACAAUUAAAGUGCCUCCUGAACAAUGUUCAAAUGUUGUUCAAUCUUUUCAUUAGGUCAGAUCGAUACUAAUUAAGUUUCGUUCAUCCUUUGGUCUUUGGUCAUUGUGCUUUAUACAUUCAACACUCAGUAAAUCCAACAAAUGGAUGAGAACCAUGUGGUCAAGCUAAUGGUCAACAAUGUGAAUUGAAAGACAAUCAACUGAACAUUUCGAUAAGUGGACUUGAUGUAUUUCUGUUUUGUUUACCUUUUGAGUAAGAAAAAAAAGUGAAGAAAUUUUUUUCCAUUUCAAACUGACCACUAAGUUGGUUUGCUGACCAGCUCAAUGGAUAUUGUUGGUUUUGUUAAUCAUCAUCUUCUGUUGGUCAUCAUGAUCACCGAUAACAAUAAUGUGACUUUAUUUGAGUUAAAUUUGAGUAAAAAAAGUAAACUAAUAUAAGUGUAAUUUAAUUUAAUUGCAUUAGCCAUUGUCCAUCUAAAUCAAUAUCAACAUUUGACCAAUAACAAUGUAAAAGUUAAUUAAACUUUGACAAUCUUUUUAGCUGUAAUAAUAAUUAUGAUAAUAAUAAAAUCAUUUUCACU